UUUUCCUUUUUUUUCCUCCUCUCUAGUCAGAGCAGUUCGCAUGAAGGGAAAGGCAGACACCGAGCACACUGCCAGGGAGAAGACAACCGAUCCGCACCUCCUGCCAACAGCAGAACAAAUAAAACACCUCCAGUUUGGGAUUAUCUGUCUGACUGGGCAUUAGCAGGGACCCGGAGGCCCCCCCCUCCCCUUACAAAGAGUGAGGCUCCUGUGUCCGCAGCUCUCCUGUUCUCCCUCCGGGAUCAUCUGCCCGGCCCGCGAUGAACAAGAUGAAGAACUUCAAGCGGCGCUUCUCGCUCUCGGUGCCGCGGACGGAGACGAUCGAGGAGACCGAGUUCACCGAGCAGAUCAACCAGCUGAACAUCCGCCGCAGCGAGGACUUGGUACCGGACAGGCUGGGACUGCGCCCCCUUCACACCGAUCGCGGCUCGCUGCCAGGGGACGAAGGGGCCCAGUCCCCCACCCAUCUCCACUACCGCCACAAGCACCAGCACCGCCGCUUCUCCAUGGAGGACGUCAGCAAGCGCAUGUCCCUGCCGAUGGACAUCCGCCUCCCGCCGGAGUUCCUGAAGAAGCUGCAGCUGGAGAGCCCGCCCCCCUCCAAGCCGCUCAGCAGGAUGUCCAGGAGGGCCUCCCUGUCUGAUAUUGGCUUCGGGAAGCUGGAGACCUACGUAAAGCUGGGCAAGCUAGGGGAGGGAACCUACGCCACAGUGUUCAAAGGUCGCAGCAAACUCACAGAGAACCUGGUGGCGCUGAAAGAGAUUCGCCUGGAGCACGAAGAAGGAGCGCCGUGCACGGCAAUUCGGGAAGUGUCGCUGCUAAAGAACCUAAAGCAUGCCAACAUUGUAACCCUGCACGACAUCAUCCACACCGAUCGCUCCCUCACCCUUGUCUUCGAGUAUCUGGACAGUGACUUGAAACAGUACCUGGACAACUGUGGGAAUCUGAUGAGCAUGCACAACGUCAAGAUCUUCAUGUUCCAGCUGCUGCGGGGCCUCUCCUACUGCCAUAAGAGGAAGAUCCUCCACAGAGACCUGAAGCCCCAGAACCUGCUCAUCAACGACAAGGGCGAGCUCAAGCUGGCUGACUUCGGUUUGGCCAGGGCCAAAUCAGUUCCCACAAAGACUUACUCCAACGAAGUGGUGACACUAUGGUAUCGGCCUCCUGAUGUUCUCCUGGGCUCGACCGAGUAUUCCACACCCAUAGACAUGUGGGGAGUGGGGUGCAUUCUCUUCGAAAUGGCAACGGGGCGGCCCAUGUUCCCAGGGUCCACGGUGAAAGAGGAGCUUCACCUCAUCUUUCGGCUCAUGGGCACUCCAAAUGAAGAGACCUGGCCUGGGAUUACGGCCAAUGAGGAGUUCAGAUCAUACCUCUUCCCCCAGUACAGAGCUCAGCCGCUAAUAAACCACGUUCCCAGAUUAGACACAGAGGGAAUGGACCUCCUGUCAAGUCUACUUCUGUAUGACACCAGAGAGAGGAUCUCUGCAGAAGCUUCUUUGAGACAUUCAUAUUUCAAGAGCUUGGGGGAGACCAUCCACUCACUACCUGACACCGCCUCAGUGUUCUCCCUCAGAGAGGUGCAGUUGCAGAAGGACCCAGGCCACAGGAGUUCCGUAUUUCAGCAAGCAGCCCGAGGCAAGAACCGGCGACAGAGCAUAUUCUAAAGCUCGCGGGAUGUAGCAAAGGGCACGAAGGCUCUGUUCCUGCAGAACAAAUCAUGUGAAGAAAGAAUUGGAUGUAGAGAACCUCCUUAAGUGGGCCCCUCCAUCCGCACUCUUCUGGAGAAACGUGAGCCCACGUUUUGGGGGCUAGGGUCUGUGACGAUGAGAUUGCACUGCCUCUCUGUAGGUGUGGACUCUGGUCCUCUCUUGCUCUAAAUUAUUGCCACCACAUACAUAGUUUUAAUUUAACCCACUAGGGAAUCAAACACUGGAUCUUUUUGCCUGCUUGGCCAAGCCCCACCCACCUAGCCCCCCAGGUCUGCCUAUGAGAUGCUGGUCUGGCUGAAGGUACCGACCAUGAUGAAUGAUCAUCUCUUCCAGUCAUCACCUUCCCUAUUCCCAAGAUCUCCAAAAACCUGCCAACAAUCCGAACCUAUCAUUGGCAUUCAUGAGUUCUCCAAUCUCCACUACUUUAUAUGUCUGUCAGACUGUUGCACCAAUGCUAACACAGCUGGUGUGUAGUUUUUGUUGUUGUUAUAUUCUGUGUCACUUAUUUGCCAUUAGUUUUUUUUUCUCAGAUGACCAGUUCUCCAUAACUCAUGGAGAGAAAAAGUUUCACAUUUUUAUAGUUUUAUAGUUAAUCUGGGUGUGAAUUUGUGAGAUAAAUCAGUGGGGGUCCUCAUAAUUAUAAUGUAUUUUCAGAUGCAUAAUAUAUUUUUGUUCUCAGUACGUAUGUUCAUGUUUUGCCUUUUGAAAAAUAGCUAUAAAAUUAACAGAUCAGGUCUCAGGAAAAAAGUUUUCAAACCUGCAAAAUUAAAACCAAAACACUGAACUCUGUCUGACAACAUUUUUUAAUAACCUCAUCCAUCUAGGCCAAGUAUACAUAGCCUAUUUGCUUCACAGCAGAGACAGAAGAUAACUCAGUGGAGUGUAAAUCAUAAUUAUUUUUGAAAUCCUUUUUCUGUAUUGAGAGCAGGUCCCACAAACUAAACACCAAGAGUACUAUGGAACAUCCCUACAACUGAAUGCAGACACCACCAACUCCUAUCCUUAAUUCCUUUUGCAUUAAACCAAGCCAAGCAGUUGUCUAAAAGUGCAUUUCAAUGUACUGGCAACACUGACAAUAAUGUGGGAACAGAGAAUAUAUAAGUAUAAGAUGUACCUCCGAGUAAAAUAAAAUGGGUUUAU